AUGGCGACACGGCAAAACAAAAAGCGAAAGGGCGUCCGCAAUGUCAUCAACCGAGAACGCACGGUCACCACGUUGACUGCUGGCCCCGAAAGCGCGUUUCUGAUCCCAACCACCACUGAAGAACCAGGCGCAGCUCUCAUGUCUGCACCUUUUCCUGUCUCCUCGUCUGCUGGCGGCGGUCCAAACAUGCAGCAGCCUGCCUUCCCCAUGGCCCCCAACUUUGCUCCUUUUUCCUACAACAGCUACAUGCCUGGUCAAGGCUUCGUUCCGCAACAUCAGCCUCAGCAUUUCUUCCAACCAGAGCCAAACUUGCCGCCGGGACAGAACGAUCUCGAGGUGUUGGAGAAGCUGAAGGAAACGAUCAAAAGCGGUCAGCACGAGCUCUUCCAGCCGGUUCCACAGCCUGCUGCUCUUGCCAGUCUCUUCCUGGGUCCCAAAUACGUCUCGAGAGUGCCUCCUCAUCCUGAGCAAGUGCCUGUGGACUAUCCGCAACGGCAUUUUGAUGAGUCUGCUCAUCACAACGAUAUACCCAGCAAUCCUGCCAACGUUAACAGUGCUGCCAGCAAUGUUCCUGAGCAAGACAACCGGCUGCCUUCUCAGAGCUCACAAGCGUGGGAUGGCUCAAGAAAGCCAGCACCUCAGCCCGCGGGCGACUCCAAGAUAGCUGAUAAUGUGCUAAAUUCUAGUAAUUGUCCUGUAUUGGUCGGCCGCUGA